CCAUUCGACACUCUUACGUUCGUUUUCCAUAUCGACAUCGUGUUGCUUGCUGCCUUUGGUCUCUACGUCCUGCUCAACCUCCCUCGCGUAUGUGCAUUCUUAUGCCGUGCAUCUGAAUUGCGCAAUGGCCACUUUCUUCGCUCAGGCGGCGCUUUGAGCGCUUAUACACACCGCACAGGCGUAGGAAGUGUUCAGAGUUUCGAUGCAAGCAGCAUCAAUCUGACUGCCUCAAAUGCUCAUCUCGUUCGCGAGGCUUCUCGGAAGGCCCACGGAGGUCAUCCACCUAUCCGAAUGCUACACCUCUCCACGCUUAUACACCCUUCCAUCAAUUACGCGUUAAACUACCGCAUAUUCACGGGCUUCUCUGUCAGCAAAAUUUUCAUUCUUGCGGUCUACCUCGGGCUCGUCUUCUAUGCUGCAUUCUACAAGUCGAACCCGUUUGUGGAACCACAGCGGGCUGCGUUUGUGGCGGUCUCACAAAUCCCCAUCGUUGUCAGCCUUGGAACGAAGAAUAAUAUCUUGAGUUAUUUCUCGGGCUUGGGAUAUGAAAAGGCGCGUGCCCUCAACUAUAUACAUCGCUUUGGUGGCCGUCUCGUUGCACUGGGUAUCAACGUUCACGCCCUCGGUUUCAUCUACCAGUGGUCCAUCGAUGCCUCUAUCUCCGCGAAACUCCAGCUCCCUUUCGUCCAGUGGGGCCUAGUCGGUCUUGCCAGCGUCGAUAUCCUCGCAGUCUGCUCCUUGCCUUUCGUUCGCCAAAGGUUCUACAAUCUCUUCUACAUAUCACAUAUCAUAGGAUUCUUUGCUUUCCUUGUCGCCGCAUAUAUGCAUUUCCCUGUCACUAUUCCUUUUGUCAUCACCGGUUUCGCGCUAUAUGGGUUUGAUCACGUUCUUCGCGUUCUGAAAACACGUUCCGCGACGAGUACCCUCACUGCGAUCCCCGCCAUCGGGAGCACACGCGUUUCUGUACCAACCCUGCGUCAAGGUUGGCAUGCCGGCCAGCACGUCCGCGUCCGUGUUGUCUCCCCCACUGUGUCCUCACGAAUCGGCUGGCUUGGAUACUGUUGGGCCUGGCUCUUCACUCGCGCUCGUCCGUUUACCAUUUCAACCGCCAGCGGAGGUGAGAUCGGGCUAGAGCUGAUUGUAAAGAAGAGGCCUGGAGGUUGGACCGGGUCAUUGUUUGACAUGGCUCAACCGCAUGACAACGACGUCGAGAAUAAGGUAAUCGGGACGGGUUUAGGAAGAGACGCGCAAAUAUUGAUCGAAGGGCCGUACGGCGGGCCAGGGUACACCCUUUUCGAAUCCUACUCAGGUGCACUGCUGGUCGCAGGCGGAAGUGGCAUCACAUUUGUUCUGUCCAUGCUCUCCGAUCUCCUCCAAAGGCAUGAAGAAGGAUGCAGCAGACUCCGAGUCAUCGAAGUAGUCUGGUCCGUCGCAGAUCCUUCUGCUCUCGUUGCUCUUCUCCCGACCCUUAUCCCGUUCCUACUCCCUCGUCCUUCCGCGAACUCCGCUCUCGAGGUACAUAUUGCUGUGCAUUACACUCGUACGCCUCGUGAUGGCUCUUUGGAUCAAAUCGCCUCCCUCUCUCUGCCACCGAGCCUCACUCUGCACUCGGGACGUCCAAAUCUCGGCAAAAUGGUCACAAAGACGAUAGACAAUGUCCUGUCGGCUCAUUUGACGCCUUAUGGACGGAGCCCGCCGAGCGGUGUUAUUGCUGGUGCUUGUGGCCCAAUCGAGUUGGGUGAUGAGGUCGCCAAAGCUGUAGGUUCGGUGGGCUGGGGCAAAGCUCAGGAAGUUGGUGGUGUCGAGGCUUAUGAAGAGGCGUUUGGAUGGUAAAUCAAUUCUGAAAUGUUACUGCGUUAGAACCGAGUCUACUUCAUGAGCCAACAGGAUUGGAGAUUGAGGCAACGAAGCAGGGAUAGAACUCUUCAUUGUUCUGUACUAGAUACUGUGUAUCUGAGCGACAUGUUUUGUGU